AAUAUAUCCAGAAAAUUGAAGUGAUAAAAGGUUUAGUGGUGAGGUACAGUCCGCUAAGUUCUUAUUAUCUAGUGUUACAGAAAGUCGACACUUUACUGACUUCAAUACAUACAGAACUAGACAUAUACAAUAGAAUACGGACCAAUAUAGCCUACGUCAUGUAGCACACAAGUGCAAUAUAGAUGUACUACUGUUUACACGAGUAUGUCAUACGUAUAUGCAAUAAGUUCGAUUGAAACGUUUUCUGUUCUUUGGUUGAAUAAUUCUCUGCAAUCCGAUGUGAUAUUUUAUCCUUUAUUUUUUAUAUAUUCAUAUAUCGCGAAUGCGGUUUGUCAGUCUGUACACUAUUUCUUAUUGUAACGUAAUGUGAAAUGUCGAACAAUGAAUAACAACUUUUGCGCAAUUGUACACACAUCCAGUAUAUGGUGGGUAUACUCUUCAAUGUAAUUAUUUCGCACUAAACGUAAAGGAACUGAAAGAAAGACUAGUAAUUUAUGACCAGGACACAUUGAAUGAAUAAAUUCAUGAGACGAUUUAACAAUAUGGCCAUCAGGAAGGGUGUACCACAACCACAUGACACAGAAACUCGUCGUUGGAUAUGUUGACAGCGUUAAGUAUCAAAUGAGAAAAAAAAUGAAAUAACGUUUUCUGUAUUAACUAGUUUUUUUCCAUUUGCUGCUCAUGUUUCUAAUUUACUCAAACAUGUAUUUCAUUCAGCCGUCACUUUAGCUCUCGAUUACUCGUUUAUUCAUUUGUCUUCAAUUUGUUCGAUGAUUUGAUUCAAGUUACUUAAAACUACCGUCUGUCUGGCGGCUCACAGUGGAUACUAGUCCUGUCGUGUUUAUCGCCUGGAAACGGGUGGCAAUAGAGGCGUUAAAGCACUCAUUUUGCACAAGAAGAAUCACUUUUGUUUGCAAACGUACAAUUAUUGAAAGCGAUAAUCAUUUUAUGAAGAGUUAACAAAGAACACCGACAGCUUUGGGGAACAUCGUGGGAACUUCAAUCGACAUCAAUAUAGCAGAAUUUAGAUGGCAACAAUCAAGACCCAUUUUCUUUCCCUAAAAGAAUAUCAGUAUUAUUCUAAUAUUGGCGAGGUACCUAAGAACGGAAGUUAUUUUCGUAUUUGUACUUUCACAACACAAAUCCAUUUAAACUUACUAAGUAUAGCGAGCUACCAAUUUACUAGAUGCCUAAAGCAAAUUAGAGCGUUUGAUCACAUAACAUUCCAUCUUAAUAUACUAAUCAAAAAUUCCAUUUGCCCUUAGCGUGAGUCAAUUAUUUUUAGCGCUGGUAUCUUCUUUUCAAUCUAUUUGUUGACUAGUGAACAACAAGCGUAUAGUUUCAUUAGGUAUAUUAGAGUUGAGCGGAAAGAUAACAAAGCUAUACGUAGCGGCUUCCGAUAAAGCUACUAUAUAGACUAAGUUUUAAUGAGCCAUCCAGUGGCGUUCAUUUGCUUCUAGAAUCAUUGGUCAUUAAACAUGUGUACAGAAACUACAGCACGAGGUAAGAUAUGGCAUCGUGCAAAUACGGCGGCGGCUUGACAUCAGUGUGUUUUUCCUUUCUAGGAUAUUUUAGACGAAAUAUACAUAUCUUUGAUCAACUAUAUCCCUUGCUAUCUCAGUCAAACAGUAUAAACCACACCACGCCCUAUAUGUAGGUGACAUUCAUUGUAACAUCGUUCGACUGGUUUGUACUGGAUUUGAAUAAUCAUAGGUUUUUAGCUAAUCCUUUGAUGGUAUCUGACUUUAGAUUAGUCUGAUAAGAAAGUGUAGCAGCGCUUUAGCAGUCACCUGCAAUGCUUCCCUUUUAUAGACACAUAUAUGUAGUCGGACCUAAAACAUGGGACAUACGAUUAUCAAAUAGUAAAUAAUGGAACUCUUUUUUAUACAUUUUUAGGUCGCCAGUCAGUCUCUCUUUAUUUUUUAUUUUCAUGACGGGCUGUAAAAUCUAACUGUCUCCAUAACCGACAGAASUCCUCCAUAGCCUCAGUUGGGGAUUCAUUUAUCAAAGCAGCUGUUGAUAGAGAACAAUUACAUGGAAUUUCGUUCUGAAAAAAACAAUUUCGACUAGUUUUAUACGUGUAGUACUGUGUGAUGUACAGAUGGAAGCAGCUUUCAGUUCUGACUGUAAGUAUUCAUGAAUGUUUCUUUAUUCAAGGCUAAGCGGCAAUAUUAGAAAUGACAGACGACAAUUUCGUGAUAUUUUAAGAGCGAUUUGUUAUCAGGACUGUGAAAGUAAUAGAAGCUCUUGUACAAUAGUCACUUUAUCUUCAGAGGUUUGAACACUGAUCGACACAUCAAUCAAGAUCUGAAAAACUGAAAUCUAGUCGAUUUUGCUGUUAUAGUUUGGUUUUCUCGCUUAACUGUUAUAAAUCCACAUUUUUGCAGUGAGAUUAACAAAAUCUGAGCUUCAAAAUCGGUCUCACUUUUAAGAUAACGAUAGACAAUUCUUUCAUUAACGAAGAAGCAAUAACACAUCAAGCCCUGAUUAGUCAUUCUAUUCUAAAAAUAGCACUCUCCACCUGUCACGACCACGUGACUUCAAUGCAAGACUAAUAGUCACUUGUUCAAAAAUUAACAUAUUAUUGAGUAGUAAGGGGGAGUAGUAAGGGUGUAGUAUUGAGUAGUAAAGAAGGGUGUAAACAGACCAAGUUCUAAAUCAAAUGGGAGGGGUGGGUUAGUACAGCAGUGAUGUGCGCGAGACUAUGCAUCUUGUUUAUCAUGACCUUUCAUUGAACAUAUUUAAACAUACCGUGGCAACGGUGCAUAGGGUUCAAGAAUCUCUCAGUAGGUGAUUAAUAUUUUAUCACUAUCCGCACACAAAUGAGUCCAAUCGAUUUGUUUUGCCAGGAAUAAGAAAUCCUGGCGUGAAUAGACUAUCAAAACGUGUUUAGCUUUUUGCUUGUUGUUUGCGAGCUGUCAAUAAAAGGCGUGUUGGGCAAACAGCAUCAAUUCAUUAUGAGAUGCGUUCUAAUUGGUUCAAGAGCUUAAACGCGGUAAAUAUUCACUAUAAUAAACCCUAAUACAAUAGCCUGAAGUAAAUAGCCUUCUACGCAAGAAAAUCAAGAUAGAAUGGAUAAACGUGUCUAUCGACGAAAUAUAGCAAUUGGACAUGCAAGCAUACAUCCAAACAUCGCUAGCUUAACUUCGUGCAUUUUAACAUGAUGUAGUGAACUGAUAAAACACGGAAAUCAUCCCCUUUAUUGCUUACAUAAAAACUAUGGAUAUUGCAGCACUCUAUCAUAGCAGUUAGCGUCGAAUUCAUUUUUUUCAGUUUUCGGCCCAUUUUAUCAUACAUCUAAGAGGCGUCAAGUGUCGGCAAGUGACGUCGAAAGAUUUUGUGAUUAAGCCAUCCCCCGCCAACGCAGUACCGUGAUUUCAAUCUACUAAAAUAAAUGAACACAAGAAACUGAUAUUUGUUUAUUCAAGAGAAAUACCGCCUUUGAAAGCCUAGCAUUUGAGAAAUAGAAAUUCUUAUCAAAUCCGUGACCUUGCAACCAAUGCCAGUUUUGUCCACUUGAAAAUCAAAGAGUUUUUUCCACAGAUAAGCGAGGAGAUAAGACAACACUUGUAGAAUAGUUAAUGCGUUCACAUAGCAAUUACUGUCUGAAGUGCGCAAGGAUAAUAUGUUUUGCUCUGUUUCAGGGAAAACAAGAUUUUAGCCUGAAGUUAUAUAACGUGGGCAUUUCACGUGUUCACCACAAAAAUAACAGUACUCUACGUCCUUAAAGAGCAACUGACAGACCUUCAAAUUAACAAGCGGCUUCAAAGUUCAAGGAACACUGACGUUGGAGUAAAAUAUAAUCUCGAGCUGUUUGAGCCGUUAUUCUCCUCAUCAGAAACCAGAAAAGUACCAUGUCAAGUGAUCAAGCGUAUACAGACGGGGAAGCUCAGAACGCUAGUGGCGAUGUUACAUCACAGUAUGGGGGAUUCCAAGCAGAAAUAGACAUUCCUCUAGUCUCCAUAGCUUUUUUGAUAGUCGUUGUUAAUGGGUACAUCACCUUACUGAUAUCAAGACGUAGAGAUCUUCGCACGCCCAGUAACAUGAUCCUAGCAAGUCUCACAGUAUCAGAUGGUCUGACAGGACUAAUAUCUGUACCAUUACUGCUGAUAUGUCUGUCUACAGCAUCCAACGAGACUUGUAUGGCCAGUGCCAUGUUUAUUCGCUUUAUUUCUAUUCUUAGUGCAGUGCAUAUACUUCUUCUAACUCUAGACAGAUAUGUCUUUAUUGUACACCCUCACAAGUACUACGAUAUCGUACGUAAAGGUCGUGUUUUACUGGUCAUACUAGCAGUUUGGUUGAUGGGCAUCCUUGUUACUGUUAUCAGACUGGAUUGGGCUAUCAAUGUUUAUGUCUUUGACGAAAGUCUCGACCAAGAGAAAGAAAUCGACCGUAAAGAAAGAAUCUUCAACUGGUUCUGUUUGUCAGCGUUCUUCAUUAUACCUCUUUUCAUAACUAUUACACUAGAUGCACAAUUACUCUUCGUGUUACGUCAUCAAGUACGUAAGAUCCUACAGAAUAACUUGAUCCAUGCCCGACAAGAACAGAGCAUGCGCACCAAGAAACGUGAACGUCGCGCAGUUCUUGUUUACGUGGUUGUCGUGGUUACAUUUAUAAUCUGUUGGUUGCCAUAUUUUAUCCUUGAUCUAUGGCAACAAUGGGCAAAAUUAUCAGCCGCUGUCGUGUACCUGAUAAUGUUUAUCAGGGUAGUCACAUCGUUAAGCAAUCCAAUCAUGUAUACACUCAGCCAUAGGACACUAAGAAGAGCUGUCGUUGUUUCACUACGAAAAACAUUCGGCCACAAAAAGCAUGGCCGACCUCGAGCAAUGAGCUACCAAAGUGGACAAAGUGGACAGUCAGGUUUGACGGCCCAGCUAACUAAGACAGAAACUACACAGAUGUAAUGGACACACAGACACAUGUAGACUUACUUGAUGGGCACAAAAAUGACAGAACAAUUAGGAGAAUUCUGGUUAAUUUGAUGGAAGAUGGUUGCUAAUUAAUAAAUAGGUAGGGUGCAAUUUAUUUAACGGGAAUGCAAAUAGUGUCGUUAUACUGGUCUUGGUUUCAUUAGAUAAAGCCACGUGUUGUCAAGUGUUUAUUUGUGUGUAUACGUUUUGUUUUGCUGUAAUCAAGAUCAACAUGCGAUCAAAAAGAUUUUAAACGUCAAAAAAUUUGUAAUUUCAUCUGAAGAACUAUAAAUACAGAAAUAAAAAAAAUCGGAUGAUAAUAAUAAUCUUUAUUGAGGUACUUGAUACAACUGAUUUGGUUUGUAAAUAAGAUAUCUUAUGCGAUUUAACAGAGAAGCAAUAAAGUACAAGUUGAUUCAAAAA